CGGCCUGCUCCGCCAGUCAACAGCCUCAGUUUGGACUUCCUCACGGAGUUUUGCAUCAGUGUGGAGAAGCUUGAGAUGGACAAGAGCUGCCGAGGCCUCAUCAUCACCUCGAGCUUGCCCAAUGUCUUUUCGGCAGGACUGGACAUCAUGGAGAUGUAUGGCAAGAGUCCAGAGCACUGUGGAGAGUUCUGGAAAGCUGUCCAGGAGAUGUGGCUAAAACUUUACAACUCCAACAUGGUGACGAUUGCUGCCAUUAACGGCUCCAGUCCUGCAGGGGGCUGUCUGAUGUCCAUCACAUGCGAUUAUAGAAUAAUGGUGGACAAUCCACGGUACAGGAUCGGCUUAAAUGAGACGCAGCUUGGCAUCGUUGCACCUUUUUGGUUUAAGGAUACCAUGAGUAACACAGUUGGCCACCGGACCACUGAGAUGGCGCUGGCUCUGGGGCUGCUCUACAACCCAGCAGAGGCUCUGAAAGUAGGACUAGUGGAUCAAAUAGUACCAGAAGAUAAGCUCAUGACCACAACUGAGCAGACCAUGGCCAAGUGGUUGGCCAUUCCAGACCACGCCAGACAGAUCACCAAGUCCAUGAUGAGGAAGCCGACGCUUGACAAGCUUGUGUCCAAACGAGAGGCCGACAUCCAAAACUUUGUGGGUUUCAUCACCAAAGACUCCAUCCAGAAGUACCUGCGUGGGUAUCUUGAGAUGCUCAAAAAGAGGAAGGCUUAGUGAGAACAGGGAAGGAAGCAAAUGAAGGGAAUCGGCUGUACGUCAGUUUCAUUUUCAC